GACACUAGCAAGCUCAAAAGCCGCGCGCGCGCAAAAGCCCAUAGGCGUCGAUAUCGCAGCGUAAGGCGGCUCAUCGCUGCUCAGAACUUCUGCGCUUGGCGUUCCGCGCCGAAAAAAAGCGUUAGCGACGACCUCCGCUCAGGACCAUUCUUGCCAGACGGUCCGCGCGCCACCGCCGCGACAAUGACCACGCAGCCGCACGCCAUCGACAGCCCCGAGGUGCUCCGAGUACGCUGCGAGUGGGACCGCUUCGAGCGCGGCGACGCGAUCCCCUGCCUCGACAGCGACGCCGAGAUCGUCAACCUGUACUUCGAGCCGUGGUUUCAGGAUGCCGGUGCCGAAUUCCUGAGGGAUCACACGGGCGGCGACCUGAUCGUGGAAUACGCGCGAUUCGUGGAAGUCCUCGGCGAACUAGUCGGCGACAUCGGACCAUGUCUCGCAAACACACCGGAUAAGGUGCUGCGGCAGUUGGGCGUGGCGGCCGAUCUGGUGCUCAAGGAGUUUCUACCGAGGGAGCAGAAGCGGCCGCCUCCGACAAUUUUGAGGUUGCGGAACGCCACGCCGGAAACGCCCUUAGCGGCUUUACGUUCAGAUGUCGUGGAUAGAUUAGUGUCCAUCAGAGCCACGGUCACACGUGUCGGUCCGGUAAAACCCCUCGUGACGGAAGCGUCCUUCUCUUGUGCUCAGUGCUUCCUCGGGGCGUCGGAUCCGCAGUUCGCGAUGCGAAUGAGAUUCAGGCGGGGCGAGUACCGCGCACCCAGUCGUUGUGAUGGUGGCGAUUGUAAGUCGCGGAAAUUUGAUUUAUUAAGAGACACCGCCAAAACAGUAGACGUCCAGAAGAUAAGGGUCCAGCAGCAGUUAGAUGAUGCGAAGACGCUCGAUGAUGAUGCUGGUAGAAUACCUCGUUCAUUAGAUGUCGAGUGCGUCGGGACUGGCUUGGUGGACAAAUGCGCUCCCGGGGACGUUGUUGUCGUGGCUGGAAUAGUGAGAGUGGUCAACGCGGCCGUCGCGGCGGGCCGGAAGGAUAGGAGAGCUCUACAGCAAGCUACGUCCGUCAUGUAUCUGGCUGCCAAUUCCAUCGUCAAUGCUUCGAGAGAAGCGGAGGCCGGCUCCUCCCAACAAAAGAGCGAGUACGACUGCCAAGAGGAGGAGGACGACCAAGAGGAAAGGGCAUUGGUCGAGGGCGUUUGUCGGCACGAAGACCCCCUCUCGUUGAUCGUGGCGUCGUUCGCGCCGCGCAUCUACGGCCACGAGUUAGUCAAGUUAGGAUUAUUGCUAGGGCUGUUCGGCGGCACGGACGAGCGAGCAGCAGUGUCCGACGACGCGGACGCCGACGGCUCGGCGAAAAGACGAAGAGAAAACGAUGCUGCAAAGGAGAGCAUCCAGGUAAGAUGUAACUCCCACGUGUUGGUGGUCGGCGACCCUGGAUUAGGCAAGUCGCAGAUGUUAAGAGCCGCGGCAGCCGUCGCGCCGCGCGCCGUUUAUGUGUGCGGGAACACUACUACAACAACAGGCUUGACCGUCUCACUCACAAGGGAAGGCAAGUCCGGCGCACCCGCGUUAGAGGCCGGGGCGGUGGUCCUGGGCGAUCGGGGCGCGUGCUGCAUCGACGAGUUCGACAAGAUGGAUAGCGGGCAACAUGCGGGUCUGCUGGAGGCCAUGGAGCAGCAGCAGAUUUCGAUAGCGAAGGCCGGCGUCGUCGCGACGCUCCAAGCGCGGACGGCGAUCCUCGCCGCGGCGAACCCGGCGGGCGGGAGUUACGAUCGCGCGCGCACGGUCGCGGAGAACGUGCGGCUGUCGGCGCCCUUGCUGUCGAGAUUUGACUUGGUGUUUUUGUUGGUCGACGACCCGGACGAAGGGCGCGAUGAACUCUUAUCCAGACACGUGUUGGACGCGCAUCGGGGCAAGAACGCGGGCCCGCGGCCAUCUUUUCGUAAACGUAGGUCGUCGGGCUGCUCGCCUGGCUCGAGCAUGCCCACGUCCGAUGCCAAGACCCUCGAAGCGAAAUUGCGAGAAGGUGCGAACGCCCUGGACGAGGUCUUGUCCACGCGCGAGUUGCGGACGUACUGCUCGUAUGUCAGGAGACGGUGCCACCCGCGCCUGGACACGAAGGCCGCUGUUUUAUUGCAGAAGACCUACCUGGAAUUAAGGAGGGAGGCGUCUUUAGCUGCUCCGGGCCGCGCCAUGCCGAUUACCACUCGCCAAUUGGAGUCCCUGGUGCGCUUGGCGCAAGCUAGGGCAAAGAUCGAGAACCGGUCCGUCGUGACGGAGGACGACGCCCGGGACGUCGUCGCGCUCAUGAAGGAUUCCGUGCGGGACGCCUGCACGGGGGCGGACGGGAAUGUGGACUUUAGUCGCCAGACGUCGGGCAUGUCCGCCGCAAAAGCCGUGAAGAAGUUGAGGGAUCUCCUCCACGCCGAGUCUGAGAGACUACGGUCGCCGUGGUUUCGAUUGGACGACAUCAUGGAGGUCGCGCGCCGCGGCGGCGUCGGGGGCGCGGUCGACGAGCUCGUGGACGUGUUACGGGAUCAAAGCUACCUCAUGCACCAGCGCGACGACGAGGGCAACUGGGGCUACAAGCUGACGUCGUGCCGCUUUGGGAGCGGGAGCACGACGCAGGGGUCUUUGGCGCGGUCGACGCAGCGGAGUUUGGCGGAGCGGCUCCGUUGACGCCGUCUUCGUCGACCCGGUGGUGUAAGAACAUUGUGUCUGUUAACCGGAGGCAUUAGCGGCGGGUUUUUCAAGCCUUUGUG